AUGGGGCAUAGCGCCGCGGUCGACGUCGACGAUCUCAUCAACGGCAAGGGGGAAUGGCGAAACAUUCAGGAUAUCGUCCGCGUGACGUUCAAGGCGUCCAUCGACGUCAUACGCGCGCAAGGGGAGAAGAUCGAAGCGCUCCAGCAGAAGGUCGAAGCGCUCGAGCGCGCGGUGAACGACCGCGCGCGAACCGAGGACGUGAAAGCCGCGCUCGACAAGGUCAGAAGCUUCGAGGAUAACCCGCUGCUGUCCGCGUCGUCGUUCGACCAAAUGAACGUCGAGAUCGACGCCGCGGUUCGACGACGCGUGGACGCGGCGAACCUGGCGACGCGAGGGGAGACGCAAGCGCUCGCGGCGGCGUUGGACCGCGCGAACGAGGAUUGGCGCGCCGAGCUCGCGACGGCGACGAAACGUUUGAACUCGCUCGCGAUCAACGGCGCGGGGGGGAUGGGGACGCGCGAGGACGAGCUCGAGAGGACGUACGCGACGAAGAGCGAGCUCGCGCUGAAGUCGGACAUGAAGGACGUGUGCGCGCUGUUGGACGUGAAGGUUGGCGUCGACGACGUGAACCGCGCGCUCGCGGAGGUUUCGAGAGAGUUGGAGGGGAAGGCGAGCCUGGGCGCGCUGGAGGCGAGCAUUCGCGAGCAGGGGAUCAUAAACGCCGGGCUCGCCGCGGAGAGGAGCGUCGGGCGGUGGAUAUGGAAGAGCGGGAACGUCAAAGCCGGGAACGGCGUGCCGUGGAACGUCCAGAGCGUGAACACGGAUCCAGAAAACUUCGUGUGGGAAAAAAAUUGCGUCUCGAUCGUCGCCAACGCGCCGGGGCUGUACGAGGUGACGUUCGGAUUUUUCGUCCGCAAGAAGCCGGCGAUCCAGUUGUUAGUAAACGGCGAGCCCGUCAUGGCGGCGGUGAACAGCGCGUCGUACGUGUUACAUCACAGCAGCGGGCGGCUCACGAGCGUCGGACGGCACCCGGCGGGGAACGUCACGGGAUUGACGCUGGUGGACUUUCUCGCGCUGCCUCCCAAGGCGAGGAUCGCGGUGACGUACAACGGCGAGAGCGGCGGCGAGGGGUUCAUAUCGUUGAAGAAGUUGUGA